GGGAGUUUUCAUAUUUGUUACUAGAUGCGCCACUCCACCGUUGAACAUUGAGGGGUUUUGAGAAGAAAUCGUGGAACAAGUGGAUCACGUGUACUAUUAGCUACGCAAUGAACAAACGCAAUAGAGACAACAUUUUUGGGAUCAUCCGUCGCUACCAUCGCAUCGAACGAAGCCAAACGCAACGAGGUUCGAAUCAAAACAGUAUUUGCAGCCAAAUCUCAUAAAUAACGCCGUCAAGGAAAUGUGAACGAUGUACGGUACGGAGCACAAAUUCCUGACCGACUUAUGUCGGCUAGUGCCAUCAGGCCAAAAAGGGCAUCCGGUGGAAAGGAAAAUAUGAAACAUACAGCAGAAUGUGCAAUGAAUGUCUGGUUUGGUAUGAGAGAUACUUUGGAGGUAUUUUGCGGUUUGUUUGUGUUGUGUUUGUACAUAUGUCCAAGUUCUUUUUCGGGGUUAGCUUCGUGCGGGAAAAAGUGAUCAUUUCGGAAUGCUAUUACUAGAAUUUGAAAAGCAAUAAAUUUCCAAAAAUAAUACAGUUAGCUAUUUGUUACAUCUGGUCAACGUAUAAUUCAAUUAUGUAAAGCAACAACGCCGGAAACAUUUAUUGGAUUAAGGCCAGAAAUGAUUAAAUCAGCUCUUUCGUAUUAAUAUGGAUGAUGUACAGAAGAGUGGGUCACUUAGAACAGAACCGUUACAAAUUCAUUCUUGUAGAACCUUACAACGUUUUGUGUGUAAGUAACAGCAGCAUUGGACCAUCUUUGUUUAUACGUCAUACUUCAUUUCUCCCACUUUCAGAUCAUUCAGCACAUCGUCAGUACGUCAGCAAAACGUUCCAAGACGGUCCAUAAAGUCAGACGCACGGAGCGUGUGGAUUUCCUCGGAAAUGGUGACCGGUAACUCGGACGUGCGCCCAGAACGAUGCUGCCAAUUCUCACCUGGGCCUACCUGCGUCAUCUUGCCGUCCAGUACCAUGCGGAACCACAGGAGCCGUUCGGUGGCGUGCAGCAUAUCUCAGCAACACCUCCAGUCGGUGUGGAACAUGUCGCACACGGCUACAAUUGUAGUUCCAUGUCGACACUUACUCCCGUCAGCAACGCUUCGAAUAAGAGCCACGAAUUUGGCCUGCUCCACAUAGAUCGUGCAAUUGGCCCAACAUUCACACCACACGGUUGUCAGUCAAGGUUAGACGCUCGGUGGAUCAUCCCAAGCGAUACGAACGGCACGUUCCGACCGCCCGUGCCGUUACAUCAGCCGGUCGUGGCCAACGGUGGAGGAAACGCUUACCAGUCGAGUAUGCAUUUCCGGGAGCAGGUGAACACGUACGGUAUCUCCAGCAGUACUCAGAUCUCAGCAUUGCCACUUCCGCUGGUCCACAGCUCGGGAGACACCAGGGAUCCGACUGAUACUCACACGCUACGCGGUAUCCCGGGCGUCGGAACCGGCCUUGGAUCGGUAGGAUCAUUCGUUGCCGUGAACGAUGUCAUUGGCAUGAACAUUACACCGGCAUUAUCGCAGGUUCUUUUAGCGCCUCCCGCGACUAGUGCGGGCUCCGGUGCGUCCAUCAUAGCGGCCGUGAAUGGGGUAGCCGAUGACAACGGGACGCGUGGCGAGGAAAUAAAUUCCUUUUACUUUUAUGAGACUGAACAGUUCGCUUUUCUGUGGGUACUGUUUACCGUGAUCGUGCUGGGCAAUUCGGCCGUGCUAGUGACGCUGAUGCUUAACAGAACUCGCAAAUCGCGAAUGAAUUUCUUCAUCAAACAGCUUGCAAUCGCUGAUCUCUGCGUUGGAUUGCUAAGUGUACUGACGGACAUCAUCUGGCGCAUCACAGUCGUAUGGCGAGCAGGGAAUGCCGCCUGUAAAGCGAUACGUUUCGUCCAGGUUUGUGUAACGUACGCCUCCACGUACGUCCUAGUAGCGCUCAGCAUUGACCGCUACGAUGCCAUAACACACCCGAUGAACUUUUCCGGAUGCUGGAGCCGUGCCCGGAAGCUGGUGGCUGCCGCCUGGAGUUUCAGUAUCCUUUUCUCCCUACCGAUAACGUACUUUUACGAGGAGCGACUAAUACAGGGUAAAAUGCAGUGCUGGAUCGAUCUGGUUGAGGCGUGGCGAUGGCAACUCUACAUGUGCUGGGUGUCGGGUUCACUGUUCGUCAUACCGGCGUUAAUCAUUUCCGCCUGUUACGCUAUCAUCGUACGAACGAUCUGGGCAAAGGGUACCAUUCUGGGACCGAUCGAUCGAACGCACAACGGUAUGGCCGAUCUGGCAACACGGCGGGCAAGCUCACGAGGUAUCAUACCUCGGGCCAAGGUGAAGACGGUCAAGAUGACGAUCGUCAUUGUGAUCGUGUUCGUGCUGUGCUGGUCACCGUACAUCAUCUUCGAUCUGCUGCAGGUAUUUGGGCAGAUACCGGCAACCCAAACCAAUGUGGCCAUUGCCACUUUCAUCCAAAGUCUUGCGCCGCUCAAUUCAGCGGCCAAUCCACUCAUCUACUGUCUCUUCUCAACGCAAGUGUGCCGUAUGAUUAAGAGACUGCCACCGUUCCGAUGGUUAUGGUCGACAAAGUGGUGCUGCAAACCGCACGAUUCCGGCACACUACCACUCGGCAAUGGGACGACGGUAAACGGUGCGGCACACGGGCGGUUCCACAACCACAACAGUAGCGAUUCGAUGCGAACGCUCACCACGUCACUGACCGUGUCCCGGAGGUCCUGUUUGCGACCUGCCCGCGUAGUCAUUGUGGAACGACCGAAAACGGAACUCGCCAUGUCGGAGGUGUAGACGUUUGCGAGCUGCUCUGGUUGGUGGCAAAAUUAGCUGAUGCGUUGAAGCAGACAACGUCACCAGACUAACGAACGAAAUGCAUCCUGUGGGUGUACAAAGAGACUUAAUAGACACAACGUAAGAAUGUGAAAUGUGAAGGGGAAAAUGUUGCAAAAGAAAAACAAAACCCCGAAGAGGCUUCGGUCUGAAACAACAGCAAGCACACUAUCCAUCCAUUCAUGUAACAAGUAAGCUUUUUCCGAUGUGCUUAGCACACCGUGAAAGCGUAAAAGUCAACGAUCGUUUGCUCUAAGAAGAACUUUUUACUUUGUUCACGAUGCGUAAAUAAACUCAGACCCCAGUGCAGUGGUUUGUUCCAUGGCAUCAUC